UUUUUACGAAACCAACACCUUACGAUAGCUCCUGUACUUGGCAGGUGGAAGCAACACUUCUUCACACUGAUCAUGGUUUGGGGGUUAUUGAUUCCCUUUAACAAAAUUUGAUUUGGCAAUGCACUUUGGUCUGUUUGCUUUGGGCAGGAAUACCUAACGCUGGGUCACGCUGACUUUUUCUGACCUGUUUUUAAUUUCAGUUUGCCAGUGUUUUUAUGUGUGUUGUUCAGUCCAAGAGAAUGUGCUUCAUAAAAAUAAUAAUGACCUUGUGCUCAGUGUAUAUAUUUUAUUGCCAUAACUCUUGCCUAAUCUACUGUCAGUUUCAGGGGCUGUCGUAAUUUUUGAGCCGCAUAAUUUAAGUGGUCAAGAUCCAUCUCUGUAGCUAAGAAGAGGCAGGUACAUGUGAUGGGGGCAGGUUAGGAGGCGGGAUUGUAAUACAAGUAAACAGACUCACUCUAUUAUAAAAGCAGGUGCACAAUUCCAUAUUCUCUAAAGCAUCUGGUGAACUCCUUGAUCCUGAAAGCCUUGAUCAUGAAAUUAAUUGCCAUUUGCGUUGUGGUGCUGGUCUCUUUUGGCAGCUUCUGUGAUGCAAAACCUGGUAUACCAUUACCUCCCAAACAACCACUUCAGCAAUCCCACCAGCAUUUGCAGACUUUUGAGAAAGAGCUCACCUGGAAAUACCCUGAUGAUCCCCAGCCUGACCCCAAGCCUAUUGUGCCGUUUGAGCUGAGAUAUCCAGCAACGGUUCCUGCUGCAACCGUUGCUGUUGACUGCAGAGAAGCCAUAGCUCACGUGGAGGCCAAGAAGGACUUGUUUGGCAUCGGGCAGCCCAUCAACCCAAGCGACCUCGUCUUGGGUAACUGUCCACCUACUGGAGAAGACCCUGUCGCUCAAGUGCUGAUUUAUGAAGUCGAACUGCAUAAAUGUGGAAGCCAGCUAACUACGACAGAUGAUGCUCUGGUCUACACUUACUUUCUCAACUACAGCCCUUCAAAUUUGGGUAUUACUCCAAUUGUAAGAACCACCCAAGCUCCUGUGAUUGUGGAAUGCCACUACCCAAGGAAGCACAAUGUGAGCAGCCUUCCUCUUGAACCCGUGUGGGUCCCUUUUUCUGCAGUUAAGAUGGCUGAGGAGUUCCUGUAUUUCACUAUGAAACUUAUGACUGAUGACUGGCUCAAUGAAAGGCCAAGCUACCAGUAUUUCCUUGGAGACCUGAUCCGUAUAGAGGUCACCGUCAAGCAGUACUUCCAUGUACCCCUGCGUGUUUACGUGGACAGAUGCGUGGCUACCCUCUCACCUGAUGCAACUUCCAGUCCCUAUUAUGCUUUCCUUGAUAACUUUGGGUGUUUGAUUGAUGCCAGGAUCACAGUCUGUGACUCAAGGUUCAUGGCUCGCACUGAAGAGAAUAAACUUCAGUUCCAGUUGGAGGCCUUCAGGUUCCAGAAUCCUGAUAGUGGAUUGAUCUACAUUACCUGCCACUUGAAGGCAACAACUACUGCCCAUCCCAUAGACGGCCAGCACAGAGCUUGUUCCUACAUUAGCGGAUGGAGAGAGGCUAGUGGAGUUGAUCCAGCUUGUGCUUCUUGUGAGUCUGGUGAUGUGAUAUCGUAUACUGCUCCAGGAAUUACAUUCGGUAGCCCCCUCGUCAUUACCAGUGAUGGUGGAGGAGGACAACAAACUCCUCAAGUCCCUUAUAAUCUCCCAUUUUCAAGGAAAGCUCGUGAUGUGACCCAACCUGAACUUUUGGAAUGGGAAGGCGAUGUCACUCUGGGUCCCAUCCCCGUCAUGGAGAAGAAACUCUGAAAAGCAGAAGUGUCGCGUGAUUUGCCUCUAUAUAGCCAUGAACACCAAAAUAAACAGUAUCAUUGGUUCAUA